AUGGCACACCAGCGGAGAUUGGCAGACCAAAAGGCGUGGAGCGAAAAGUUCUCGACCACGGCAGGAUUCGAACCUGCAAUCUUCUGCUCCGUAGGCAGACGCGUUAUCCAUUGCGCCACGCGGCCUACUGUGGAUGGAUAUCGUGGCACUCCAACGGUGAUUAGCAGACCAAAAGGCGUGGAGCGAAAAGUUCUCGACCACGGCAGGAUUCGAACCUGCAAUCUUCUGCUCCGUAGGCAGACGCGUUAUCCAUUGCGCCACGCGGCCUACUGUGGAUGGAUAUCGUGGCACACCAACGGUGAUUCGCAGACCAAAAGGCGAGGAGCGAAAAGUUCUCGACCACGGCAGGAUUCGAACCUGCAAUCUUCUGCUCCGUAG